GGUGCCGUCUCAUGCAUAUUGUAAAACUCAUUUUUUAGUUAUUUUUGAGUAAAUAUUUUGGAAAAAUUAAGAAAAAUCAUGUAUUCUCGUUUAGUACAACAGUUUCGAAAAUUGCAAAGGCUGCCAAAUUUAAAACAUCAAGCUAAUGUCACUUCUUUCAUGAAAAAAAGUUAUGCAACCUUACAAGCAAACAAUUUCAAGCAUUGCCCGGCUUCUUUGAUGUCUAUGCGUAAAAGCUUUUAUAUACCAGUAAAAUAUAAUGCGUCACAAAUAGCAGCUCCUGAAACUAAGGAACGGAAUAAUUUUGGCAAUAUAACUUUAGAACAAUGCUUAGGAAGAUUGGAAGCGUUUCAUCAAUUAAAUGGUUUUGUGACUAACGAACAACUAUUACCAUUAAUUGAAAGCCUAAGCAGUGCAACGACGGCUCAUUUAACAGCGGAACAAGGUAGCUUCCUGUUAAAUAUCUGUGGCUGCGAAACACUUUCUUUAAACCCAGAAGAACGUAUGGACAAUUUUCAACAAAUUUGGCAUUAUUUGCAAAAACAGCAGUUAAUCAGAAAAGAUCAUUAUAAAAUUAAGUUACGAGCGCUAAAAUAUAAUCGUAUGCCUUUAACAAAUUAUCAAGAGCAGUUGCAAGAAUUCAAGGAAGUAGGCGGUGUUUCUAAAGAACUAUUUUCGGAUUUAUUAGCCGUAGCAGGAGCCAAUGGAAAUGUUAAGCAAUCCACAGAGCUGUUGAAUGAAAUGCGUAAUUCAGAAUUAGCAUUGACCGAAAGCGAUUUUAAUUCUCUUAUGUGGGCUUAUGGUCGUUCCGGUGAUAUUCAAGGUUGUCAAACUGUGUUACAAAGUAUGCAAGCAGCUGGUGUUUAUCAAAGCAGUGAAACUCACUCCACAUCUAUAGCCAUAAACAUGGAAAAUAAUAUGGAAGAAAGGGCCAAAAUCCUGUUGAAACAAUUUCAAGGGCAAUUCAAGUCAUUGGAUAUAUUAAAAAUGCUGCGUAGUAUUAUCUGGAGUCCGCAGAUAUCUCUGGAAUUUAUUAAGUUAUUAGUUAAAGAGUUCGGGGAAGAUUAUUUGCGCGGCUUUGAAGUCCCUUUAGGCUUAAGAUACAUUUGUAUAGAAUUAUUGCAUCAUAAAAAACUUGAAUUUUUAUCUGCUGUAAUAGAUACCUUACCACAACCAAAUUUCCCCGAAAAUCACGACCGUGAUACUUUUGGAUCAUUUCUGUUUCAUGCCAUGUUUAGACAGAAGUGUUCAGUGACAGAAAUCAUUGAUAUCGCCUUGCAGUUGGAAGAUAGUGAAAAAAAUACUCGAGCUUUAUAUAUAGCUGCCGAAUUGGCUUUGCGUCGCAAUCCUCCAAUGGUGCUGCCAAUAUUUGACAUGUUGAUUAAACGUAAUCAUAGUUUAAGGCCUCAUUACUUUUGGCCAUUAAUGAUGUACAAUUUUAGACGUUACAACGAAGCAGGCAUAAUACGAACUUUAAGUGUUAUGCAGAAUUAUGGAGUUGAAUGCGAUCAACCGACAUUAAAGCAAUAUGUUUUACCUAAGCUUUCGCUAACCUUAGAAAAUCCUGAAGUGGCUUUAAAAAAAUUUGAAAAAGCCGGUUUGAAAACUUCGCUUAUAUUAACACCGAUAAUCUCGCAUUUGUUAACACAACAUAAAUGGCUUGAUGUGGCCCCUCUUGUAGACAAAUACACUACUAAAAUUGAUAUGAAUGAAUUGAUAGGUCCUCUAUGUGGUGUAGCAGUGCAUGUUAGAGCUACUAAAAAGUUUCAUCAAUUUGGAAAACUAUUAGCAUCUUUGACUGCCAAGAAAGGCGAGAGCAAGCAGGAUUUCAUAGGACAGAUGUUAAUUGAGCUUUUAUAUAGUCAACCACGGUUUAGCAGUGAUUUGUACAGUUGUUAUAAGCUUGUACAUGAGAUUCAAAAAGUCGGUUUGGGUAUAUCACCGGCGGCUGCUGAUACUAUCAAAGCUUUAUUGACGGAAAAUUUAACAGAAGACAGUAAAACGGAGCGUUUUCCUCUAGUAACGCAGAAGCUUAGAGAAAUUAGUCGUAAAACACUGAGUUUAAUAAGUGACGGCAGUCAAAUGUCAUCUUUCAUUAAACAUCCUCGAAAUAUGACGUUAAAUGAAAUGGAAUGUCAUUUGGUAGAACUGGAAGCCAAAGGAAUGAACGCACGCGGUGUCUUAAGACGUAUGCUGCAACUCUGUGUGCGCGAUAAUCGUUUAGAAAGAGCUUUAGAGAUUAAACGGAAAUGUGAUAAUCUGAAAGUACACUCCAGCCCCGGUAUGUUAGCCAGUAUUAUGGAGAUGCAUGUCAAGCUAAAGGAUUUAAACAGUGCUCAAGAAUAUCUCCGCAAAUUGCAAGAAGAAUAUCCAGGGUUCCUCAUUGAUGAACACAAAUUCAUCGAUUAUGCUGCUCUUUUGGUGCAGAACAAUCAAUUGGAAUCCGCCAAAGAACUGUUAGAAAAUAGAUCCAAAUAUAAUCGCAUUAUUGGGGGUGAUUAUGUGCUAAAAAAUGUGUGGAAUCUAUUAACUAGUGUGGCGCAUCAGGCAGCCCUUUCGAAAGAUUUGCCACCUGAACGUAACCUGAGUCGUGAAUUUCAUGUUUUUCUCCAAAAAUUAGGAUAUUGUCGUAUCCAUAAUACUACAUUGGGGCCACUGGUUAGAGAACGUUUAUUAAGGGGCGAUUUACCGGCAGCUGUAAAAGAAUUUAAACAAUUAGCUCAGCAAUAUAAAUAUACACCAUUGCAGUUUGAGCUGCUGUCUUUACUGGUACGCUUAGGCAAUGCAGAUAGUACCCUGCAGACGCAGUACAAGUGUUCUAACGAAUUGGCUCAACAACUUUUGGGUGAAGUCACUGAAAUAAUUACUGAAGUUCACGGCAUAGUAAACAUGAAUAGCGGUCUUCUGUUAGCAUUUGCUGAAUCCGGCACCGAUGCCCAAUUAAGACGAUUACUUAUUAAUCCAGAAUUUCGUAUUAACGAAGAAUUAUUGAUACGCAAUUGUGAAUAUUUGGGACAAGAAGGAGCUGUUCAAACGCUAACGCGAUUAGCUCGUGGUGCGCGAGGCUUAAAUCGUAUUAUCGAUGAACACAAUAUCUACAAAAUGCUAUUAAAUAAUUUUGUUAAAUCAAAUGAUUACUCAGCUGCGCUUAAACUCUAUGAAUGUUUGGAAACUGAUGAUGAAUUGAAGAUAUCACAAGACUUUGUUCGAACCUUAGUUAAUUUACUAAGAACGAAUAAUAUCGAAAUGCCAAGUAGUCUAGCUUUGAAGGCCCAAGUUAUUUGAAAUGGGAUAGCAAUUGUUGUGAUAUAGAGGACAUGAUACAAAAUGUUAAUUAAUUAUUAAUUUUUGAUAUAAAUGCAAAUUUGAAAAAGAA